UGUAAAUAAUUCUAGUGGAUGCACUGGUGUUUGGCCAGUGCUAAACCCACUGCAACUCCUUUGCAAUGCUUUGUAAGGUGAGCCUGCAGUCCCAGGGCUGUGCACAGUGGCCACUUGUCUGACUGAAUCGGUGAAAUUCGGGUUCCCUGGGUGCUGCUCUCUGGAUGGUGCUUCAGCCCUUGCUGGCAGUGAGCCUUGGGUCAGGGCAGAGGCAGACUCCAGUUCUCCACAAUUAUCUGUUAAUCAUAAUGCAUUUUUUACCUUUAGGUUUUGCUCUGCCGGGCUGGCAGUGGGGCUGUGCCAGGGCCUCCCGGCUGCCAGGGAUGCAGCUCCUGCCUGGGAAUAUCACUGUGUGUUGCUGUUUUAAGUGUGGCUUCUCCCAGUUUAAGUCAUGCAGGAAAAACCUGGGCUCUGCACUCUGACAUCGAGAGGUGUCACUGCCACAGGACCACUCCUGAAGCAGCUCUCCCAGAGGGAGGGGGUGAAAAAUGAAGCCAGGCCUGCUUCUCAAAAUUUCUGGAGUGGAGCAUUACUCCCUAUUGCACACACCACACCUUGCUAACAGACCAGCUUAAAUCUAUGUAGCUUUUACAUAUCCAAUACAUUUCCCCAAACUCAUACCUAUAUGUUAAAUGCUCCCUGAAUUUUCUGCAUGUUUAAAUCACAUCUCAAGAGUUUAUUUUCGUUGGAGAAGGGUUCUUAGGAGGGUCACGUGUAGUCGUUGGGGAACAUCCCAUUCCUGCAAUUAUUCUUUUUUGGUCACAGGUGUCCAAAAACAUUUCUUCUCUUUGAAGGGAUCCCAUUGCUGUGGUCAGAGCAGGUAAUUAGUGCUCACCAGCAUUGCCUUGGCUCACAGACUUUAGGGCUGAGAUAACCGCUUGCACACAGGACAAAGCUCGGUGCGGUAAACCGAAAGGAAUUCCCCAAGAUUUCAUUAAACACGACUUGUUACAACUUUUUUUCACAACACCUGGACAGCCACAGGCCCUCCCACGUGGCUCCGAGAGGCGGGAAGCUGGAGAGAGGGGCGGGAAGACCCUCCCUUGCAAGGGGGAGGAGGCAGCAGCUUUUAGCCCACGGGGUAUUUUCCCUCCUCGGCGCUGCCCGCCUUCUCUGUCCCCUCCCAGCAGAGCCCUCCCUCUCAGCCCUGCCCGGAGCUGGAGCCAUGGCCCGGGCAAAGGCUAUGUCCGGGCUGAAGGAAGAGCUGACCUGUCCCAUCUGCCUGCACAUCUACAAGGACCCAACGACCGUGGGCUGCAGCCACAGCUUCUGCAGGACCUGCAUCCAGAAGGUGCUCCUGACCCAGAAGAGCGCUGCCCGGUGCCCGCUGUGCCACUCGCCCGUCGGGGAGCUGCGGCCCAACUUCCACCUCCGCAACAUUGUGCAGAAGUUCCUGGAAGCUCCCGCGCACCAAGAGGAGGAAAAGCAGGAAGAGCAAGGCAGGGAGAAGGGGGAAAGCUCGGGCCAGCCAGAGGAGGUGGUCCUGUGUGAUUCCUGCCUCCAGGAGCCGCAGCCCGCAGUGAAGACGUGCCUGAGCUGCGAAGCCUCGCUGUGCCAAGCGCACCUGAGCAGGCACAACAGCAAGAACGACCAGAAGAACCAUGUGCUGGUGGAGCCCUGCGAUGGCCAGCUUUUGGCUGAGAGGAGAUGCCCCCAGCACGGCAAACUGCUGGAGUGCUUCUGUGAGAGUGACUGGCAGUGCAUCUGCGUCCUGUGCUCCAUCAUCUCCCACAAGAACCACAAGAUCAUCAGCUUGGAGAAGGCUUUCAACAAAGCCCAGGUAUCUUUUCCUGGUACUCUGGAAACACUGAAAAACCAUGAAGCUGCAGUGGAUGAAGCCAUAGCAAACCUGCUGAAACAAAAGGAGGGGCUAAAGAUCAUGGAUUCUGAAGCCUUUUUAGUUCCUGGCUGGUUUCUCGUGUAUUUUUGA